AAUUUUGUUUUGUGCUCGUAAAGAGUUUUUGUGCGGUCAGCGAACGAAAUAAUAAAUAAAAACUUACCGUGCAUGUGGAGUGUAUUGUGAUAUACAAUGGAUAUUGUCCACUAAUCAUCCUAAUUGCGUCUAGUGAAAUUAUUAUAUUUAUUAUCAGCAUAAUAAAUUCCGUGAACCAUGACGAUAGACAAGCAGCUAGUAUGGGUCCGGGACCCCAACGAAGGAUUUAUCCUAGCGCGUCUCCACGAGCUGAUGGGGGAGGAAGCUGACAUUAUACCCGUAGAGAACAAAUAUCCAAGGCGAGUCUGCAGCUUCGAGGAUAUCUUCCCGGCCGGAGAGCCGAAUAAGGAUGUCAAUGAUAAUUGCGAGCUAAUGUUCCUGAAUGAGGCGACGUUACUCAACAAUAUACUGACGCGGUAUACGAAAAACAAAAUCUACACAUACGUAGCGAAUAUCUUGCUUGCCGUGAACCCUUACGAAGACAUACCCGACCUAUAUUCGUCAAAUACAAUCAAGAAGUACCAAGGCCGAUCCCUCGGUGAACUGCCGCCGCACGUGUUUGCUAUAGCCGAUAAAGCAUUCCGCGACAUGAAGUCCCUCAAACAAUCGCAGUCAAUUAUAGUAUCAGGUGAAUCCGGCGCUGGCAAGACAGAGUCCACUAAGUACAUAUUGAAAUACCUCUGUGAUUUAUGGGCGAAAGGCGCGGGGCCCGUGGAACAAAAGAUUUUAGACGCAAAUCCGAUACUAGAAGCGUUCGGUAACGCGAAAACUACACGAAACAACAACAGUUCGCGAUUCGGCAAAUUCAUGGAGGUCCACUUCAAUAAUAAAUACCAAGUGGUGGGAGGCUAUAUUUCUCACUACCUUCUAGAAAAGUCGAGAAUAUGCACGCAGAGUGCCGAAGAGCGAAACUACCAUGUGUUCUAUUUGCUUUGCGCUGGUGCACCGCCAGAGUUGAGAUCUGCAUUGAUGCUCACCAAGCCUGAUGAUUAUGCUUAUUUGAGAAAUGGGUGUACACAAUACUUCACUACGGCUGCGUCUGAGAAAAAAUUGAGUCCUGAUCAGAAGAGUAAACAGCAACAGGCAAAAGGAGGUUUACGGGAUCCAAUUUUGGAUGACGUUGAGGAUUUCCAAAGACUUCAUCAGGCGCUAUCCCGCGUGGGGCUGUCGGAGGAGGAGAAGCUGGGCGUGUACCGCGUGGUGGCGGGCGUGCUGCACCUCGGCAACGUGGAGUUCGAGGAGGACGCGGGCCCGCGCGGCGGCUGCGUGCCGCGCGCCGACAGCGAGCGCGCGCUGCAGGCCGCCGCCGCCCUGCUCGCAGUCGACGGCGGCGAGCUGCGCCGCGCACUCGUCGCGCGCCUGCUGCAGAGCGCGCGCGCCGGCCACAAGGGCACCGCCAUCAUGGUGCCUCUGAAGACGUACGAGGCGACGAAUGCCCGGGACGCGCUCGCUAAGGCCGUGUAUAGCCGGCUAUUCGACUACAUCGUCAACCGGAUCAACCUGAGCAUACCGUUCCAGGCCUCCUCCUACUACAUCGGCGUAUUGGAUAUCGCCGGUUUCGAAUACUUCCAAAUGAACAGUUUUGAGCAGUUCUGCAUAAAUUAUUGCAAUGAAAAACUGCAACAGUUCUUUAACGAGCGCAUAUUGAAAAAUGAACAGGAGUUGUACAAGAAGGAAGGACUAAACGUGCCAGAGAUCAGAUACGUGGACAACCAAGAUUGUAUAGAUUUAAUCGAAAGUAAGAACCACGGAAUAUUCCACCUCUUGGACGAGGAGUCCAAACUGCCGAAACCAGAGUUCGGACACUUCACGCACUCCGUUCACAAGGAACUGGGCACCAACAACUCCAGACUACAGGUGCCGCGCGCAUCGAGACUUAAGGCCCACCGCACACUGCGUGACGAUGAAGGCUUCCUACUUCGACACUUCGCAGGCGCUGUGUGCUAUAAUACGAAUCAAUUCAUAGAGAAAAACAACGACGCUCUCCACGCGUCUCUCGAGUUCCUCGUUCAAGAAUCGAACUCGGCAUUAGUGAAACAGCUGUUCCAGAAUGUAGACAACAACAAUGCCAAAGGCAAAUUAAACUUUAUAUCAGUCGGCGCUAAGUUCCAGAGUCAGUUGUCGCAACUUAUGGAAAAGCUUAAAGACAAUGGCACGAACUUCGUGCGGUGCAUCAAGCCGAACUCGGUGAUGUCGCGGCGCGCGGCGGCGGGCGCGCUGGUGCUGGCGCAGCUGCAGUGCUCGGGCACGGCGGCGCUGCUGCACCUCAUGGAGCACGGCUUCCCGUCGCGCGCGCCCUUCGACCACCUGCACCGCGUCUACGGGCCCCACCUGCCGCCGCGCCUCGCGCACCUCCACCCCAAGCUCUUCAGCGAGGCGAUCGUGCACAGUCUAGGCCUAUCCGAAAAGGACUACAAGUUCGGUAUUACCCGCGUGUUCUUCCGGCCCGGGAAGUACUCCGAGUUCGACACGAUCAUGCGAUCGGAUCCGGAGAAUUUAAAGAAGAUCGUGGAUAGGGUGCUCGCGUGGAUCAUCAAGUCGAGAUGGAGACGGUCGUUGUUCGCUGUAUUGUCUAUUAUCAAAUUGAAGAACAAGAUUUUGUAUCGGCGCGAGUGCCUCAUCACGAUCCAGAAGUCGGUGCGAGGUCACCUGGUGCGCAAGCAGCACAGGCCUCGCUACCAGGCGAUCAUGAAGAUAAAGGCGCUCAACGCCAACUUGAAGGACAUGGAGACGACCACCGCGCAACUCAAGAAGGACAAAGAGAGCGCGCAGAAGAAUAUAGAAAACCUGAGGAAUUCUAUAAAUAAAUCAUGUGCUGCUAUUAAGAGUAAUGACAAAAUAUCUCGCAACGAAGUAGACCAGAUCUACGCAAAAUUGACCAAAGAUGUUGAAACACAAAUGGCAGCUCUGCAGAAGGCCAUGGUGGAUCAGAAGAACAGAGAAGAACAAGAGAGAUUACGCAAAAUCGAAGCGGAGAUCCGUGCGGCUGAAGAAUUGAAACGUCAAGAGUUGGAGAGAAUCAAACAGGAAGAGGAGAACCGCAGACUUAAAGCAGAAAUGGAAGCACGCCGCAAAGCCGAGGAGUUGGAGCGUCAACGUUUGGAAGAGCAGGACCGAUUGUCCGCGCAGAAUCUGCAGAAGCAGCUGGAGGAAGCCGCUCGCGCUGAACAGGAGGACAGGGAGAGGUUAGAACAAGAAAGAAGAGACCACGAAAUGGCCGUCAGGCUCGCUAAAGAAACAAAUGGGCAUGUGGAAGGAUCCCCGCCACAAUUACGAAGUUUCCCCACAAUGGACUCAGUGAACGGAGAGAAUAAGUUGAACAGGUCAGAGAGGGUCAGAAUGCAGCAGGCUUUGCAAGGCAAGCAGAAAUACGACCUGUCGAAAUGGAAGUAUUCAGAGUUGCGCGACACUAUUAACACAUCCUGUGACAUCGAGCUUCUAGAGGCAUGCCGUCACGAGUUCCAUCGCCGCCUGAAGGUAUACCAUGCGUGGAAGGCAAAGAAUGCUCGCAAGACUACAAUGGCUGAACAGGAGAGGGCGCCACAAUCAAUUAUGGAGGCCGCAGCGAAAAUCCCGCGGGUGACACAGAAGGGCGAGAUCCUGGGCGCGAGACACCGCUACUUCCGCAUCCCGUUCGUGCGCGCCGACCACGAGCCCGCCGACCGGCGCGGCUGGUGGUACGCGCACUUCGACGGACAGUACGUCGCGCGCCAGAUGGAGCUGCACCCCGACAAGACGCCCGUGCUGCUGCAGGCCGGCGUGGACGACAUGCAGAUGUGCGAGUUGAGCCUGGAGGAGACGGGGCUGACGCGCAAGCGCGGCGCCGAGAUCCUCGAGCACGAGUUCGAGCGCGAGUGGGCGCGCCACGGCGGCGCCGCCUACACGCCGCCGGACCUGCGCAAGCGCUAGCCGCGCCGCACGAUACAUAACAUUCCUGAAAAUAAGUGAAGAUGCGUAAUAAUAUUUAAACAAAUUGAACUGUAAGUCGUACGGUCAGUAUUGAACGUCGAUAAAUAGUUUGAUGUUAUUUUUGUCGACUUGACUCACGGAUACUUAGGAAUGGCAAUCCCAUAUUAAAUAUUUUAGAUAUAUAAUAAUAUAUUAAUAGUGAACUUUAGUGCUUUUAACGUGCCUUCACAAGUUCCUAGGCGAAUUAGUGCAAUAUACAAUGUAAUCAAUGAAGUAAUCGUACAAAAUCAAAGGUUAUCCAUAAAUGAAACUAAAACCAUAGAUAUAGAAAAACCGUAAUGGCGCCAAAGUGCAUAGAUCAGUUUUGUCUUCAGAGACCGAGAAAAAAAAUUUACAAUGUAGAUAUGUGGCGCCAUCUAUUCUAUAUUUCUUCAAAUUAUGUUCAAAAUGCAAAGAACAUUAAAUUAAAAACUUUAUUAGUAUGCAAUUACUAUUAAUGCAUAGCUAUAGCUUUAUAGAAGCCUUAUUAUUGUUACACUGACUUAUACGCAGUACGGUACAAGAUUUUAUAUUAAGUAUUUAUUUUUGUUUAUACAUAUAUACAUAUGUAUAAGGAUUCGUGUUACAGGCAGCUUACUGAUGAACUCGCUCGAGUGGAAUGUGCGAUUGUUUAUAGAAAAUUUUAAGUAUUCCUUUAAAGAUUUCCAAAAGUAUUUUUAGUUAUUAUAUUGAAACAGAGAAGUACAAUAUGAGGUUGGGUGCUGGAUGAAUUAUGUAAUAAUUUUACUAAUAUAUAAAUGAAUAAAGUUUAAUAGGUUUUAUACAUACCUAUAUUAUUGUAUUGUAGAUUAGUUAAGUUAUAUGAAUUAAAUUUUGGUGAAAAAAAAAUAAACUGUGAUUUUAAAAGUACAUAAAAAUUAGAAUUCAAAAUGUAAAAGUAUUCAAAAUAUGAAGCGUCGUAUUUUAAAAGUAUUUAUUUGAGCAUUCCGUUGUAAUCAUCAAGACUGGAAUUGCACUUUUUUCACUAAAUAUUCUUAUAUUGAGUGUAAUAUUUACUUUACAGUAUUUAAAAGCAAACAUUCCUUAUGUGUUUUAUUUUUCAAUGUAUUUUUUAUAUUCUUUUUGUAUAAUACGAAGCCAUCUAUGUAAUUAAGUACAAGUUUUCUAAUACAACACGUCUUUCGUUGAUGCCUUAAAACUUAAUUUGAAAAAAAAACAUGAAUUGACUGUGUUCGAUCUAUGUAUAUUGCCGUUCCGGAAAAAAAAUAAUGUUUUCCGCUUUAUUAUAUGUAUCUGUCAAGUUUGCUGCAUUCCCACUAAAUCGGGCUCUACAAAUUGAUUUACAGCACAUGUAUUGCCACAAAUGUUUAGAUACGGGAUAGUGCUUGUGAGCGCAAAUACUGAAAUUGAAUUUGAUCGAAUAUCAAAAAUGCUAUAUUACAUUUUUUUUUAAGUUUUCAUGACAUAUCUUUUAAUCAAUAUUAAUAAUUUCAAAAAAUUAAAAUAGACUAAAACCUACAUAUGUACGAAUCAAUAUAUAAUACAUAACAACAUUAUUUAUUUUAUUUUUACUAUUUCUUUAGUAUACAUACACACUAGCGUAUUACACUAUAAAGAUAUGGCAAGUAAAUUUUAUACGAGACAUUCCAAAAUUUCUCGUUCGGUCUGACAACCAUCACCGCUGAUAUGUGGCACUGUAACUAAUUUUGUAGUAGGGUAGGGUAUUUAGUAGUUAAUCGUAAUAGUAAAGCAAAAUUAAGUCAGUCAUAUGAUACAACCACAUGAAAUUGUACCGCAAGUGAAUUAGUGCCUUGUUUUAAAUUUUUAUGAUUGUAACAUUAAUUUUAAACAUGUAGUAAAUAGACGAAAGACAAUUGUACAUAGUAUAAGAUGUAAGUGCCUUAUUGUUUGAAAUAGUUUACAUACAUGACCACUGUAUUUUCAUAUGUUUUUGCUUAACCAAAUAAAAAUGAGAAUGUAUUUAUGA